AUGAACCUUUGCAACCACGCACCCUUCGUCCUCAAUCAGGACCACCCGGCAUUUGACAGCUCGCGCACCCUCAAUUCACCUUGCUCACGCAUCCCCGUAUCAUUCCACUCCCGUUCGUGUAUCUCAUGCACGAUCAUACCCGCGUCGUCGAUCGGUGCACCCUCAGCACAUAUUCACACCUCUAAUGAGCAACAUCCAUUGCAUCAGCAUCGUCCAUAUCAUCACCAGCAACAAAAUUCACUCACAUCUAUCACGUCGUUAUCUCGGUACAAUCCGUCAGUGCCAUGUCGGCUUGCCGCAUCUAUACCUCUUCCCCGCCUCUAUUCAGCUUGUCGAGUACAAGCUCGCCCCCUUUGUUUCGCUUUCGCUUGCGUUCGCUUUUUCGUUUACCAAAAACAUUCGGUUUGA